GUAAAACCGCGGUGUGAUGUGGGGAAUUCUACUCUAUACACUGUCUCCAUGCACCAUGUGAUUUGUCUAAUCUCUCUCAGUCCUCCCACUUUCACAAUAAAUACUUCCGAUCUUACUCUAUGCUCUCUCUCUCUCUCUUAAUUAAGUCACACAUAUACUAGUAGUAUAGUAUCAUCAUCAAACUAUAAAACCAUUAAUCUCUGAUUCCUCCUCACUCUGCCGACCCUUUUUUCACUCUCCCAUCAUAUUUAGUGUACAUAUACACCUACACAUUUAUACCAAUUUGUCCCUUUAGAUCUUAUAGGAGAAAAACCAGUGUCUAAUUGUGUUUCUUUUCACAAAAUGGCUCCACUAUUGUACUUUCAUUGCAAAAAAAUUCUCCUCUUCUCUCUUCUUUUCUUCUUCUUUUUUGUUUCCAUCUCCUUCACUACGUGUUCAGAACCUCAACUCAAUAGAAAACAGUUAUCCAAUAUUAGUAGAAGAACAUUGUUGGAAGCUGAACAAGAAGAAGAAUAUGAACAACCCUUGAAAAAGAAAUCAAGUAGUACCAAAAACCAAACCAAGUUGAUCAAACCAAAUAACAAUCUCUCCUCAAAAAACCAAACCAAAACCAUCAAAUCUAAUACCAACAACCUUUCUUCCAAAAACCAAACAAAACCAUCAAAAGAUUCAAAACUCACCUCUAAAACCACCCUCACCGACACUACUACUUCGCUCAAAAAACUCAACUCCACAACCUUCAAAACAAAGAAACUAAAUUCCACAUCAAAAGCCUCCACCACAAACUCAACAAAAUCAAGUACCAAUAAAUCCAAAUCCAUUUCAUUGGAUCUUGUGAAGCAAAUAAGUGGUGCUAUAGCCAAAAACAAAACGACAAAACCCACCGCCACAAAAACAGAUCAACAAUCCUCGUCAAAAAAACCAAACAAACUGAACAACAACAAAAAAACACAACCUAGUAACUGGUUCUUCGACGAAGAAGACAUGGAUUUCGUUUCAGACUUCAAAGAUCUCCCCAUAAAAUUCCAACAAACAUUAAUCCCAGACUUAGAAAAAAUCUCAACAACCUCAAAAGCUUAUAUAACAAAAGCCAACAAAGAAAUCACAAAAAAUUUCAAACCCUACGUAGGAAACAAAUACGCACCAACCAUUGCAACGUUACUCUCAUGUGCAUGUGUAUUAAUUCCUUUACUUUUAGCUUCACUUCUUUUCAACAAAAUCAAAGCUUAUUUCUCUCUUCAAAAACUCUUAAUCUUUAUACAAGCUUAUUUAUCUAUCUACUUUUCUAUUCUAUGUUUCUCUUCUUUGAUCACUGGUCUUGAACCACUCAAGUUUUUCUACUCUACUUCGCAGUCCACUUAUCUUAUCCUGCAGAUCAUUCAAACACUAGCUUAUUUUCUCUACCUUAUGAUGCUUUUGAUGUAUCUUGUUUUGGUUUUUUCAACGGAUUGUGGUUUGGGCUCAAAGCUAUUGGGUUUGGCCCAAAUGUUCGUGGGCUUUUCUGUUGGGCUACAUUACUACAUGACGGUGUUUCAUAAGGUGGUGUUACGGCAACCGCCAAAGACAAAUUGGAAAAUUCACGGGAUUUAUGCCACGUGUUUUUUCAUGAUUUGUGUUCUUGCUAGAGCUGAGAGAAGGAAGAAGACUUACUUGGAAGAAGGUGGAGAAGAAGGAAAGAAAAAUUAAUUAGCUAUAGUUACAAAAUUUAUAAUGUUUUUUUUUUUUUUUUCUACAUCAUUUUGAUUAAAAAUUUGGAUUAUUUGAAGAAAUAUACCAAUCUUGUUGAUGUGAUGUUGUGAUUUAAUGUAAUGCCGUAAGGCUUUGGCUUAUUAGUUAGCCAUCAUUAAGAUUCGUUGCAUAAAUAAAUUGGGGUCAUGGUUAUGAUUAUAAUCACUAUACUUCCUAU